GCGGGCCCGCGGGGUGGCGUCCGGACUGCCCUGGGCUGCCGUGCGCGGCUGCGCGGCGGGGGAGGGAGGCGCCCGCCCUGCGGAACGCCCGGGGCCCACGUGGGCCCGCCCGGGCCGGGACCAGACUGUGCGCCCCAAGUCCACGACCUGGGCUGCCAGACCCGGGCUCAGCUCAGGCGCGGGGGCUGGGCCAAGUCACCGCGCCGGGCACGUCGGUUGAAAGCCCGGAAGGAAGAGAGGGGACAGUCCGGAGCGGAGUGCGCAGCUCCACCCUCGCCCCAGAGCUGCCGGCAGUUUAGAGCUCCCCGCCUUCGGCUUCUCCUGGGUGAGCACCGGCGGCGAGGCCGAAGUGUGGGCGCGGAGCCCCGCCGAGGUGGAACAGGCUGAGAGCGCCAAGAAAGUUGCCGUGGAGCUGGUCAUCUGGCUGUCCAUCUGCCCAUCAGUCCCCAGAGCUGAGGCUGGACUCUGAAGCAUCCGCACAGGGAGGCGAGACCCAAAACAUGCCCUAGCUACUUCCUGCAAGCCCGAGAAACCACAGGCCGAGCCCAGAUCUGAAGCCCUCUGCCCAUCAUGGCCUCAGCUGACAAGAAUGGUGGGAGUCUCUCCUCCGUGUCCAGCAGCCGCCUGCAGAGCCGGAAGCCGCCCAACCUGUCCAUCACCAUCCCGCCACCCGAAGCCCAGGCUUCCAGCAAGCAGGACAGGAUGAUCCCACAGAAGCCCAAGAACCCAGCCUACAUGAAGAGCGUCAGCCUCCAAGAGCCACAGGGACGAUGGCAGGAUGGUGCAGAGAAGCACCCUGGCUUCCGACGCCAGGCCUCCCUGUCCCAGAGCAUCCGCAAGGGCACGGCCCAGUGGUUCGGGGUCAGCGGCGACUGGGAGGGUAAGCGGCAGAACUGGCAGCGCCGCAGCCUGCACCACUGCAGUGUGCGCUACGGCCGGCUCAAGGCCACGUGCCAGAGGGACCUGGAGCUGCCCAGCCAGGAGGGGCCGUCAUUCCAGGGCACCGAGUCUCCAAAGCCCUGCAAGAUGCCCAAGAUUGUGGAUCCACUGGCCCGGGGCCGGGCCUUCCGCCACCCAGACGAGGUAGACAGGCCCCACGCACCCCACCCACCACUGACCCCUGGGGUCCUGUCCCUCACCUCCUUCACCAGCAUCCGCUCUGGCUACCUGCCCCGCCGCAAGAGGAUGUCUGUGGCCCACAUGAGCUGGCAGGCUGCUGCUGCCCUCCUCAAGGGUCGCUCAGUGCUGGACGCUGCUGGACAGCAGUGCCGGCUGAUCAAGCGCAGCUUCGCCUACCCCAGCUUCCUGGAAGAGGACGUGGUUGAUGGGGCAGACACCUUUGACUCCUCCUUUUUUAGUAAGGAAGAAAUGAGCUCCAUGCCCGAUGAUGUGUUUGAGUCUCCCCCACUCUCUGCCAGCUAUUUCCGAGCGAUCCCACGUUCAGCCUCCCCAGUCUCCCCUGAUGGGAUGCAGAUUCCUCUGAAGGAGUGUGGCCACACCCCUGUGCCAACGACCCGGCGAGGCAAGCGCAUUGCCUCCACUGUAAAGCACUUUGCCUUUGACCGUAAGAAGCGGCAUUAUGGCCUGGGCGUGGUGGGCAACUGGCUGAACCGCAGCUACCGCCGCAGCAUCAGCAGCACAGUGCAGCGGCAGCUGGAGAGCUUCGACAGCCACCGGCCCUACUUCACCUACUGGCUGACCUUCGUCCACAUCAUCAUCACGCUGCUGGUGAUUUGCACAUAUGGCAUUGCACCUGUGGGCUUUGCCCAGCACAUCACCACCCAGCUGGUGCUGAGGAACAAAGGUGUGUACGAGAGCGUGAAGUUCAUCCAGCAGGAGAACUUCUGGGUUGGCCCCAGCUCGAUUGACCUGAUUCACCUGGGGGCCAAAUUCUCCCCCUGCAUCCGGAAGGACCGGCAGAUCGAGCAGCUGGUGCUGCGGGAGCGAGACCUGGAGCGAGACUCGGGCUGCUGUGUCCAGAAUGACCACUCGGGCUGCAUCCAGACCCAGAGGAAGGACUGCUCGGAGACUUUGGCCACUUUUGUCAAGUGGCAGGAUGAUACUGGACCUCCCAUGGACAAGUCUGAUCUUGGUCAGAGGCGGAUGUCAGGGGCUGUUUGCAACCAGGACCCAAGGACCUGUGAGGAACCAGCCUCCAGUGGUGCCCACAUCUGGCCUGAUGACAUCACCAAGUGGCCGAUCUGCACGGAACAGGCCAGGAGCAACCACACAGGUUUCCUGCACAUGGAUUGUACCAUCAAGGGUCGCCCCUGCUGCAUUGGCACCAAGGGCAGCUGUGAGAUCACCACUCGAGAGUACUGUGAGUUCAUGCACGGCUAUUUCCAUGAAGAGGCAACACUCUGUUCCCAGGUGCACUGCUUAGACAAGGUGUGCGGGCUGCUGCCCUUCCUCAACCCUGAGAUCCCAGAUCAGUUCUACAGGCUCUGGCUGUCUCUGUUCCUACAUGCUGGCUUGGUGCACUGCCUCGUAUCUGUGAUCUUCCAAAUGACCAUCCUGCGCGACCUGGAAAAGCUGGCUGGCUGGCACCGCAUUGCCAUCAUCUUCAUUCUCAGUGGCAUCACAGGCAACCUUGCAAGUGCCAUCUUCCUCCCAUACCGGGCAGAGGUGGGCCCAGCUGGGUCGCAGUUUGGUCUCCUUGCCUGCCUCUUUGUGGAGCUCUUCCAGAGCUGGCAGCUGCUGGAGCGGCCCUGGAAGGCCUUUUUCAACCUGUUUGCCAUUGUGCUCUUCCUGUUCAUCUGUGGCCUCUUGCCCUGGAUCGACAACAUCGCCCACAUCUUUGGCUUCCUCAGUGGGAUGCUGCUGGCCUUUGCCUUCCUGCCCUACAUCACCUUUGGUACCAGCGACAAGUACCGCAAGCGUGUGCUCAUUCUGGUAUCGCUGCUGGUCUUUGCUGGCCUUUUUGCUGCCUUGGUCCUCUGGCUCUACAUCUACCCCAUCAACUUGCCCUGGAUUGAGUACCUCACCUGCUUUCCCUUCACCAGCCACUUCUGCGAGAAGUAUGAACUGGACCAGAUGCUGCACUGACCCCCAAGUGGCAGGCACAGGUGUCAUAAAAAGUGUGCCCGCGGUGGGCUGCUGUGUGUGCCAGAGACUCUGGGACUGGCCCUGGUCCCAGGCGCUCACCCGGAGAGGCAGGGCCGACUCCAUGUGAGAUGGCCAAGAAAGGCAGGUCCCGGGGUGUCAGGUCCCCGCUUUGUCAGACCCAUGUGUUCCUGGCCCGGCUUGGGGACACCCAAAACACCUGCCUAUCUGAGAUUCUGGUUACAGCCUGCCUCUACUCCAGGUCCCCUCUGGGGACAGUUUGUUUUCUUCCCAGGGCCCAGGGCUGCUGCAUCUGCUGGUGCUCCUCCCCACUGUCACUGUGAGCAAGCCCCUGACAGACACACAGGUGCUCCCUCUUGCCCCAUGGCUAGGAUCCCCCACCUCCACCUAUGGCCCCCUUGUUCUCUCCCCUGGGAGUGUACCUGCUUCAUUCGUGCCUGGUGAGCCUUCCCCUAAAGCUCUCAAUGGGGCAUUCUGGGGGAGGCUGCAGUCUUGGUCCAGGCACAGACUCAGCAAGGAGAUAGCUAGACAGCACCCUGAGCCUUUGCCUACUUUUAGCACCAGAGGCCGGAUGGAUUCUCCCAAGUCCCCCCUCAGCCCUGCCUCUGGCGUCAGUGUUCUGCCCCCCCAGGUUGUCCGAUGCCAGGUGGUCCCCAUCAGCUCCACCUCACUACUGCCCCAGCCAAGGGGACAGGGCUGAGGACCCACUUCUAGGGGGUGCCUAAGGCUCAGUUGUGCUUGGAUCUGGGGUUUUUGUUUGUUUUGUUUUGUUUUUUACUAGUUUAUAUUAUGGUCCUAAUUUUUAAAAAUAACGCUAACUUUGUGUAGAUGACAUCUCAAAUGUAUUAAAUGAUACUCUUUGUGAAAA